AUGAAGCUGCAGUUAAGGCAAGGAUCAAAUGGUGCUGAGAUGGAUGAUAGGCUAAUAAAGAUGCAGGAUGAACAGCUGGUGAAGCAAAAUGGUAGUGCAGAACAAGUUCAGGCCAGUGGCAAACCAAGUCCUAUUGGUAUACGUCUUCGUUCGGGCACUUUACUAAAAGACUUCAUUCGAGCAGUCAAUACUCCACUUCCUCCUAGUUCUACACCAAGUGAAUUCUCGGACUCGGACAAAGAGGAAAACAACACAAUGGGAGGUCGACCACCUGCUCCAAGAACACUCAAGGAGCUCACUUCUCCAAACAUUGACCAGCAGCCUUUAUGUAUUCAGCUGAAUGGAACCAUUGAGUUGAAGUCGCAAUUGAUUCACUUGCUACCCAAAUUCAGAGGUUUAUCGGGAGAGGAUCCUAAUCGUCACUUACACCAAUUCCAUCAUGUUAUGACUAGUUUGAAGAAAGCAACUGCAGAUGCUGAUAUGGCUAUGAUGACAACUUUUCCUUUCUCUCUUAUAGUUACUGCAGGAGAAUGGUUCUUUUGCUUACCCUCUGGAAGUAUAACCACAUGGAAUGGAAUGAAGAAGUUGUUCCUUGAGAAGUAUUUUCCGGCAUCAAAAGCAGCUGUGAUUCGCAAGGAGAUUUGUGGUAUUAGACAAGUAUCGGGGGAGACUCUCUAUGAGUAUUGGGAGCGCUACAAGAAGCUUUUAGCUAACUGUCCACACCACCAAAUCAACGAUCAACUUGUGAUUCAAUAUUUCUAUGAGGGGUUGCUUUCUAAUGAUAGAAAUUUGAUCGAUGCCGCAAGUGGUGGUGCAUUCACCAACAAAAUCAUUGCUGAAGCUACAAGCUUGUUAGAAAACAUGGCUGCAAACACUCAACAAUUCUACACUCGAGGUGAAUCAGUGGUAAGGAAAGUGAAUGAAGUUGAUGAUUCUUCACAUAUGGAACAAAGGAUGGGUAACAUGGAGAGGAUGAUGCAACAAAUAGCAGUUGCCGUCAUACCAUCAUCACACACCGAAGAUGUUGAGCAAGCAAGUGUUAUGUACCAAAAUCAACAAAGGCAGAGGUAUGAUCCGUACUCCAACACAUACAAUCCAGGUUGGCGUGAUCAUCCCAAUUUGCUACGCCAACAAGCAAGUGGCAGCAAAUCCUACUUUCAAUCAACAAGGAUGGUACCAAUUCAUGCAAAGACCACAACAAGAAACUCAAGGUACAAGUGUGGAUGA